AGGUCGGCCCACCUCCUCCUGCUCUCCUUGGCCUCCAGCUCUUCCUGUACAGGACAUCCUAUGAGAUAGACCUGAGGGGAACUGUUUGUAUACAAUAGGUACAUGAAGCAUGGUUAGGAAAUCUGAAAGUUUAUUUAAAAACGAAAUGGCAAAAGAAACAUUUACAUUUUGAAAAGUGUAAUCAUUGAACAGGGAGAAAUCCUUUUUCUCCCAUAUGUACGAGUGUUCUACGCUAGCAGCACUAAACACAACGUACAGCUGGGGCUGAUGGGAAGGUCAUUUGUUUUGCAGGUAUUUGUUAUAAACCAAAAUGUAAGACAGAUUUUAACCUGAUGAAAAGUCAGGGGAUCAUCAAGGUGGUCAAAUUCAUCCUACGGGCUGUAUGAAUGUCUACCUAAUUUGAUGAUAAACUUUUCACCUUUCAAUGAAAGCCCAAACGGUCAAACCCCAGGUGGUGCAAGAGGAAAAGUACAGGGAACACCAAAGUUACUAGGCUUAAACCCCUUGGGACCAUGAAACUUAUGCAAAAUGUGGACAAAAUCCAUCCAGUGUUUAAGAUAUUUCGGUACAGUCCAAUCUGUCUUCGACCAUCACAUUGAUUUGCCAUCCAUAUGCCUCGCCUCUAGCAUGGCUGAAAAAAACCCCAACAACUUUUAACCCAAUACUGCAACACACUUCAGACCAGUGAAAGCACUAAAACAAACCUAAACACUGUCAAUAUAAUUGGAAGGUUUACUGGCUAACGGUGUCUCAUUUCCAGGAGUAAUCGCAGAAGAAGAAUGGCAUGUUCCACCUCAUUUCUUCCACCAGCCUGGUGCAUUAAUGUCUCUCUUGAUUUAAUUACAUUACGAGAAACAAAAACUGCAAACAUCAGGUUAGUUUGGGUGCUUUCUUAAUGAAAAGGGCCAAGCUUUAUACGUUCUCUGGCAAAUAACAGGGGCCAAGUUAUUAGCUAGAUCGCUCUGCUGUCAGACACUCUGCCUCAGCGUUGCCUUGAAGUGAAAGUUGCGUCAGCACGACACUAAGCCGAUUAAUCAGAUUGGUUUAAUGCUGCUGUAGAUUAGGUCAUCGCUCAGUGUUCUACGGCCUUUAAAUGAGCAGAACAUACAUUAAGACAUGUAAAAAGGCCACAAUCACACUUUUUCACAGCAAUGACGGCAAGAAAAAGAAAUAUAUUAUGUUUGUUGUAGUUUAAGGUCAUGUGUGCGAGGAUUGAGGGAGGAGAGUGUGCAGACCGCACCGUCUGAAACAAUGGGAGGAUGAUCCUGUCACUGGAUGUUGGGAGCAAGGGGUCAAGGUGAGACAGACAGACAUGACAAAAUGACACAUGCCGAUAAGAGGCGCCUAUUAAAGACAGGCUGAACAAGAAGAGACACAUGCACAACUCAGGCCUGAGCUCGGACUGUCAUUUAGCCAACACAGAGAAAACGUAUAUGAUUGUUUGGGUGGUUACAAGUCUGCUGCUGGAGGGUGUUGCAGUUUCAGGUGUAGCCCUGGACCCAUGCUCUGCAUACAUCAGCCUGAAUGAACCUUGGAGGAACACAGACUACCACGUCAACCAGUCAUCCGGCGUGCCCCAUUGUGACAACCACGUGUCUGGAGAAUGGUACCGCUUCACGGGCAUGGCCGGGGAUGCCAUGCCCACCUUCUGCGUCUCUGAGGACCACUGUGGCACGCAUGCUCCCAUCUGGCUCAACGGCAGCCACCCUCAACCCCACGAAGGCAUCGUCACGCUGCCUGUGUGUGCCAGCUUCAAUGACAACUGCUGCCAGUGGAACGCCAGUAUCGAUGUGAAGGCCUGUACUGGUGGAUAUUUUGUCUAUCGCCUGCCCAGACCCUCAGUCUGCUUCCACGUGUACUGUGGCCAUUUCUACGACAUCUGUGAUGAGGUGGACUGCGCAGGUCCCAGAUGUCCCGAGUCUGACUGUCGCUGUGCACCUGGAACUGUCCUGGGACCAGACAGACAAACAUGCCUGGAUGUGAACGAAUGUGGAAAGGGCAACGGUGGCUGUGCAGAGGUGUGUGUGAACACCAAAGGCUCCAGGCGCUGUGAGUGUGGGUUGGGUCGUGUGCUGGACGACGAUGGACGCAACUGCAGAGAGAUAGCAGGCUGUCAUAUUAACAAUGGAGGCUGUAGCCAUGGCUGCUCCUCGCUGCUGGACUCCUAUCAGUGCCACUGUCCCAGAGGGCUGGAGCUGGGACAGGAUAAACGCACAUGCCAGGUGCCCGUCCAGUGUGAUUCCAGCUCUAUUAUUGUGUCGGUUCCUAAGGACCUUGUAGGAGGACUGGAGCUCUCUCUGUCCAACUCGUCUUGUCGGGGUGUCUCCAAUGGCACACACAUCAACCUCAGCUUCAGCCUCAAGACCUGCGGCACAGUGGUGGAGGUGACAGAUGACAAGAUUGUGGGGACCAACCUGGUGACAGGCCUCCCUCGGAGCAGCCCAGACAGCAGCAGCGACUUGAUAGUCCGCACCAGCAAGUUAGUGCUGCCGGUCACCUGUGAGUUCCCCAGGGAAUACCAAGUGUCGGACGGAUACCAGGCAAGUCAGCGCAGCUCAGCCCUUGAGCUGGCAGGCCACAGUGUGGGAGCCUUCCACUUCUCCCUGGAGCUCUUCAAGAGCGCCGAGUUCUCGGAGCCCUACCGCACCCCGCCCCAGCUCCGCCUGCAUGACUCCCUGUUCUUCGGGGUGGAGCCAAAGGAGAGGGUGGAGGGCCUCUCUGCACUGGUAGAGAGCUGCUUCGCCACACCAGGGCCCAAAGCUGACGAGGCCCUCAAGUAUUAUCUCAUCAAAGACGGGUGUAUCUCUGAUGAAACAGUGACACAGUACUCAUCAAAGGACCAGCUCUCUAAGCACUACCAGGUCCCUGUCUUCAAGUUCAUUGGCAAGGACAACCGACAAGUGUUCCUCCACUGCCAGGUGUUAGUGUGCGGGGCAGGAGACUCCCACUGCGCUAAGCGUUGCCGAGGCCGUGUCCGCCGAGAGCUUCGGACCGGUGAACGUCGGGAGCAGCACACACUGAGCGGAGGCCCCAUCUUCAUCUUGCCUGAGCCGGAACGUUAACUUAAGCAUCAUGAGAACAGGGCAACAGCAGCAGCUAAAUUACAAUUGCAGAGUAUCAUUUAGAUUAAAGGAGAUGAACCGACCAUUUCAGUUUAUUUGGUAUUUGAACGUCCUUCAUAUACACAUAUACAUGCAGAUGUACAGUAUAUACACUCUUCUUUACUUCUAUGUAAGUUCCAGUGUCAGUCACAGUGAUGUAAAUCAGUUGAGUUCUGCUUAAUACAUCAAUGUGUGUGUGUCUUUGCCUGGCAGCCAAAUUUGCUGACAUUAAAGCAAAUGACAUUUCUAUUAGAAAUCAUUCGGAGGGGCCACAGUUCAUUUGUAACAACUUCGGCGUGAAGGAUGUUUUUUUCUAGGUCACACUUUCAGGCAUUUCUCAGGCUUGAUUACAGCUUAAAGACUUAGUGGAUUUAUAGAAGUGGUUUAUAUUUCACACCAUCACUGACUUGAAAAAUACAUGUGGAACACCCAUAGACGUAUUCCGACUAAUUUACUCAGUUUAAUCGAUGGCUGGGGGGGGGGGAAUCACGUCACACAUCCCAAUAUGGUGGAAAAGAGAUAGCGGUGGGGCGUGCCUGGAAAUGAUGCCAAAGAUUCAUCAUUGACAAUUAAUCUAGAAUUAAUCAUGUCAGUUAAACUGCAAUUAGUCAUGUAUUCAUUCAUAAAACAAAUCAAAUUACUGCCAAAUAACUGACUUCAAACAUUGACGUAGCUGUAAUAGGCAUCACAUUUACAUGACACUGACUUUGAGCAUACUAUCUUGAUAAAUAGCUGCACACAACAAACCAUGUGUACCAUAGUAAUUCAAUUAUGUCAUUCUAUCUAGAGGAAAUUAAUCCAACGACAACAUCCUUCCCAUCAGGCACUGCAUUUGGAGUCAUCAAAGUAAUUUAUGGUAAUGGAGUUAUAGAGGCCUAAAAAUGGCCUAAAAUGGAGUAUGAAGAGUACAACAUGCAUUAGCAGUUAAUUAACAUUUUAACAUUUUGAAAGUCAUAUUCAGAUACUUAAUAUAUAUCAGUACUGCCUCUGAAUAAAACCUGAGAAACUGUUCAUUUGCAUUCUCCAUUUAUAUCUUCUGUUUUUUUUUUUUUUUAACUCCCAGGCUGGGAAUCUUGAGUGGGCUCUCGUUAAGUACAUCCUCUUUGACGAAAGCCUAUAAAUAGACACCAUAAUCUGUAGAAAUGCCCGAGACUCAGUUAUUUGUCUGCGAAAACAUCCAGGGAAUUUGUCCAGAGUGUUCUGUGUCACAGUUCAUCCCUCUCCUCUCCCUCGCAGACACACGCUGCCCUCUGGCUGUUCAUGUAAGGCCUGCAGCCAAGAGUCCCCACUGUGCUGUGGAGAGCGUCUGCCAUUGACUCACAGGCUAAGAAGAAAAGACGGAGAAAUAAGAGAGAGGAAUGAGGCAGAGUUUAUUAUUAUUUUUUGAUAACUCACAAUGUAUGUGAGAUGCUCCUGGUUCCACCCUAUAUAUCGAUAGAUAUCUGUAAAUAUCUCACCUUGCACCUUCGACACAAAGCCCAGACUCUUCUUAAUGUCGGAGCAGAUGCGACGCAGACACAAGCGGAACUCUGAGUCACAGUCGUUCUUGCUUGUGCCACAAGUGUCAUAGCACACGUCAAGCUGGUUACAGCACGUUGUCAUAGCAGGGAUCCCCAGGUCAAGCUGUUAAAAGAAAGACCUGUAUUGUGUCAGUGCAGUUUACUAAUACAGAACCUAUAGCAUAUCCAGACAUUAUGGUUAUGUUCAGCUCCAUUAUAUGGGCUUAAUGAUGUGGUUCUGGACUGUUGGUGUUAUGGACAAGCCACCUACAACUGCAUUCACCUGGAAUCCCACCAGAGAGGAGCUGCAGCCGUUGGGUUCUGGGAGCUGGUAGCCGGGACGAGGUUGAGCAAGUUCUCCUAAGAAAACAGAGAAGUAGCAGUUCCAUUUGAUUUUAAAACUGAAGUGAAAGCCCAUCAACAAACUAACG